GUUUUAAAACUUUUUCAAAUUUGGAUCGUGGCGUCAUCUUACGACAAAUAAUCUCAUUAUUUACAAGGUCGUAGGCUAAAAGUCAAUCUGACAGUUGUAUAACCUAGAAAUCGUAAAUUAUAAGAAAUAUGCAAAUAAAUGUGCAAGGAGAAACCAAAUAAACAGUAAUAUGUAACAAAGUCCAUAAAAAUGAGUACUACAAACCUUGAAGAACCUAAAAUUACAGACAUUGUAUCAAAACAGUCAAAUAUAUUUAAUCAUAUCAAAUUUGAACACCUCGUAGCCGGUGUUUCUGGUGGUUUAACAUCGACUUUAAUUCUGCAUCCCUUGGAUCUCAUCAAAAUCCGUUUCGAAGUGAAUGAUGGCAGACAUAUAAGAAGCGAGCUUCAAUACAAUGGCAUUUUUAACGCCUUCAAAACUAUCUUUACCAAAGAGGGUAUCAGUGGACUGUAUCGUGGUGUAACACCCAGUUUGUGGGGUGCAGGAAGUUCGUGGGGCUUAUACUUCUUACUUUACAAUUCAUUAAAGAGCUUCUCAAGCAGGGGCCUUGACACUGACUAUAACCAAUCCCAUUUGGGUUGUUAAAACACAAAUGUGUCUUCAGUAUGGUGGUGGAACAAGUCAGAAAAAUGCCUACACUGGCAUGUUCAAUGCUCUACACAAAAUUUACACACAAGAAGGGUUA